CUUUUACCGUCUCGUUUCAAGCUUUGUGGUGAAGCAGACCUAGAACCAUUAUGAGUCUCUCUGCCAAAGAAAAGGCCAUCGUGACCGAUUUCUUCUCAAAGGCUUCUCCUCUGUCAGAUGAAAUAGGAAAUGAGGCUCUUUCUAGGAUGUUGACCGUCUACCCGCAGACCAAAUCCUACUUUUCCCACUGGAAUGACACAAGUCCUGGAUCUGCACCCGUCCGCAAGCAUGGCAAAACUGUUAUGGGUGGCCUAUACGAGGCAGUCAGCAAAAUCGACGACCUCAAAAGUGGUCUCAUCAACCUGAGCGAGCUCCACGCCUACAUGUUGAGAGUUGACCCCGUCAACUUCAAGAUAUUGUCUCACUGCAUUCUGGUUGCGUUUGGCAUGAUGUUUCCGGAUGAGUUCACUCCCCAGGUUCACGUUGCUGUUGACAAGUUUCUGGCCCUCGUCGCCCUCGUCCUUGCUGAAAAAUAUCGUUAAAUUGUACUCAUCCCAUGAUGUUGAAAAAUAAAACCAUGCAC